CGCGGUCCCGCCCGCCGAGGAGAGGCGGUCGGCGGCCGCCAUGAAUGCCGGGGGUCCGUUCCGCGGGCCGGCAGCUUUUCCACUGCCCCUCCGCUUCGGGCAGGCCGCCGUCUUUGGGCAGGGUGGCGGCGCCACUACCGCCCUCCCCUUCGCUCCCGGGCCCCCUGCCGCCUUUGGGCAGCCCUACGGGUUAGGGCAGGCAGCGGCCUUCGCGGCGGCGGCGGCGGGCGGCGGCGGCCCCCCGGCCGGUAACACGGGGUUCAGCUUCAAGCCACCCACCUACCUGGGCGGUUUUCCGGGGCCGGGCGAGGCGUCGGGUGGCGGCAGCGGGGCUUUCGCUGCCCCCGAGUUCCGCUUCAAGGCCCCUGAGAACGCCACCGCCUUUAAGCCGCUGGCGGGGGGCGAGGGGGAGAAGGGCCUGGCCGCCUCCGCCGCCUUCACCUUCUCGCCGCCCUUCGGCUUCGUGACCGAGGCGGGCCCGGAGGCGGCGGCGGCGGGGGGGCUGUUCUCCUUCUCGCGUCCCGCCGCCGCAGCCGCCCUGGGCCGCCCGGAGGAGAAGGGCCCGCGGCCGCUGGUGGAGGAGCCGGGGGAGCCGGCUCCCAAGGGCCUGAAGCGGAAGGAGGAGCGGGAGCGCUCACCGCGGCGGGCGGCGGCGGGCGGGCGGGCGGCGGCGCCGCCGGAGAAGCGGGCGGUGCUGCUGAGCCGUCCCCGCGGCGGUGCCCUCUUCGGCCGGACGCUGGAGGACAUGCUGCGCAGCCAGGGCCGCGGGCACCGCGACCGCGGGGACAACACCGAGGCCGAGCGGGCGCCCGCCGAGGAAUUGCCGCCGGCCGAGGCGCGGGAGUCCUCUCGGGAAGAUGCCACCCCCGCGACCCCCGCCCACCGGGCUCGGGGCAGCGAGAGCAUGGAGGGGCUGGGGGGCCUGUCGCCCGGCGAGCUGACAGCUAUCCAGUGCAAGAACGUCCCUGAUUACCUCAACGACAGGACGGUGCUGGAGAAGCACUUCAGCCAGUUCGUAAAAGUUCGGCGGAUCAUGACCAGGCGCAAUAAAAAAAUGGCUGUUCUCCACUUUUUUGAUCAUGCCUCUGCAGCUCUCGCCAGAAAAAAAGCGAAAGAGUUGCACAAAGACAUAGUAACAUUUUGGCAAAAGAAGAAAACAAGUCCAGCAAAAAGAGAAUUUUCAUCCAAGGAGAAGAAAGCAGGUGAAGAUGAAGGAAGGCAAAGCAGUGAAGAGCAAAACUAUCAGCAUUCACCUCUUCGAAAGCCUUUAAUAAGAUCCUCUACCAGCAGUGUCAUGCCUGGUAAAAGUUCUCCAGCAAAGAAGCCUGGUCUUCGAAAGGCACUGCAGUUUGAGGCAGAUAUGUUUGAUUCUAGCUCUGACGGGCAGAGCUCAGAGGCCUUAGGAGUUUCAUUGUCAUCUCUUGGUAACCUGGUAGGAUUAGUAGCUGAGACAUCUGAAGAAAGAUACCGUCUUUUGGACCAAAGGGACAAAAUCAUGCGGCAAGCUCGAAUAAAAAGGACUGAUCUUGGCAAAGCAAAAACUGUUGUUGGCACUUGCCCAGACAUGUGUCCUGAAAAGGAGCGCUACAUGAGGGAGACAAGAAACCAGCUCAGUAUCUUUGAAUUGCUUCUAGGAUCUGACAAGGUAGAUCAUGCAGCAGCAAUCAAAGAAUAUAGCAGGUCUUCAGCAGAUCAGGAGGAACCUUUGCCCCAUGAAUUGAGACCCUCUGAGGUGCUGAGCAUGACCAUGGACUAUUUAGUGACAAACAUUAUGGAUCAAGGAGAAGGAAACUACCGAGACUGGUACGACUUUGUCUGGAACAGAACUCGUGGAAUAAGAAAGGAUAUAACCCAGCAACAUCUCUGUAACCCGCUGAUGGUGUCUCUGAUUGAGAAGUGCACUCGCUUUCACAUCCAUUGUGCUCACCACCUGUGUGAAGAGCCCAUGUCCUCCUUUGAUGCCAAAAUCAACAACGAGAACAUGACUAAAUGCCUGCAGAGCUUGAAGGAGAUGUAUCAGGACCUGGCUAACAAGGGGAUUUACUGCAAAAGUGAAGCCGAGUUCAAAGGUUAUAAUGUCUUGCUGAAUCUCAACAAGGGUGAUAUUCUCAGAGAAGUACAGCAGUUUCGUCCAGAGGUUAGAAACUCUCCUGAAGUUAGAUUUGCAGUUCAAGCUUUUGCUGCAUUAAACAGCAACAACUUUGUGAGGUUUUUCAAGUUAGUGCAAGCAGCUUCCUAUCUGAAUGCUUGUCUCUUACAUUGUUAUUUCAACCAGAUUCGUAAAGAUGCUCUCAAAUCUCUCAAUAUUGCCUACACCGUGAGCACCCAGAGAUGUACAGUGUUUCCCUUGGAUCACCUGGUCCGCAUGCUACUGUUCAAAGAUUGUGAGGAAGCAACCGAUUUUAUAAGUUAUUAUGGCCUGAGUGUAUCUGAUGGUACCUAUGUAGAGCUGAAUCGCUCAGCUUUCUUGGAGCCAGACGGAUUACCCAAACCACGUAAAUCGAUGUUUGUCAGCCAGAAGCUAACUGUCUCAGUUGGGGAAGUUGUAAAUGGUGGGCCGUUGCCCUUGGUGCCUCACCACGUGCCUGUGUCCAGCUUCAAUGGACAGAACAAAUACACUGGCGGAAGUGUCUCUGUGGAUCAAGCUGGUAGUAGCCAAAAAUCCAGUGUGGAAGCAACAGAAGGAAGAAUGGAAAGCAAAGGUGUGGAUUUAGAUGCCGCAGCAGUAAGAGUCCAGCCCCCAGCUCAUCUUCUGCCCUCACUGUUACCUCGUCAGCUUGUGCCAGUGCUGCCUCUUGCACAGGCAGUCUCUCAACCUGCUGGACAACCUGAGCCUCUCUCUUCAAAGCCUCAGCCUGUCUACACAGACACAGACAUUGCCGAAGUGGUGGAUGGGCUCGUGCAUGACGUCCUCAAAGGAGAGUGCAGAGAAGUCAGCAAAGCAGGAGUGGCUUAUGUGACUGCUGCCAUCUGCAUCUCAGAGGCCACUGUGGAGGACCUCAUGGCUGAAGUGAUGGGGGAGAUCCUUAGACAAGUGGCUAGAAGCAUGCUUAAUGUGGAAAGAGAGCGUGUCAGAGAGGAAAGGCGCAGAGUGGAGGAAGAAAGGCAAAAGCAGGAAAGAGAACAGUUAAUAAAGCAGUUGAGCCAGUUGGUGGGUAUGGAGUUAAUGGAAGAAGUAAUAAAGGAAAGUGUUCAAGAAGCUUCAGCCAGUGAGUUAAAAUGUGCCUUAGAAAGAGACCGGCAAGCCCGUAUUGCCCGGUGUUCAGAAGAAGUCUGUGGUCAUGUCAUGGACCUCUUUCUGGAGGAUGAGAUUUUCCAGAUUGCUAAGGAAACCCUUCAGGAGCUCCAGUGUUUCUGCAAGUACUUGCAACGGUGGAGGGAAGCAGUGGCAGCUCGAACAAAGUUGAAACGUCAAAUGAGGGCCUUUCCAGCUGCUCCCUGUUGUGCAGACCCAGAAAAUAAACUGAAAGCCUUGUCCCCCAGUGCUGAGUGGCCUAUAGCCAUGGAGAACUUGUGCAAGAGAAUUGUAAACCUGGGGAAUGGAGGAAAGCUGGGGAUCUCUUGCACGAGAUUGAAUUGGCUGAGAAACACGACAAUGCAUGAAAUCAAAGUUCAGCACUUCUACCAGCAAUUGGUAAGUGAUUUAGCUUGGACUCCCCUGGAUCUUGUCUCAUUAAUCACUGAACAUAUUCCAGUUCAACAAGAACAGUUUUUUUGGAAGGUGCUAUUGGUUUUGCCAAAUGAUGAUGAAUAUGCAAAGGAUGAUCCCAACAGGGUACUGGUGGAUUGGUUGAAAGCCAAAUUUAAGGGAGACAAAAGCCGGAAUAAAAAUGCUUCACAUACAGAAGGCAGAAUUCAAACGCUGACAUUAUUUAAUUCUCUUGGCAUGCAAGGAAGCAGAAGCAUUAAAGUCAGUGUGUGUAUAAAGGUGGCACAUGGUGCGCUGUCUACCUCUGAGCUUGAUACAGCUGAGAUGCAAAAAGACUUGCUUGGAACUAGUGGUCUUAUUCUUCUCCUGCCCCGUCAAGUUAGAAGUGAAGAUGUUGCAGAAGAUGAUGUUUAUUGGCUUUCAGCUUUGCUGCAGUUGAAACAGUUGCUUCAGGCCAAACCUUUCCACCCGAUAGUUCCCUUGGUGGUUCUAGUCCCUGGUCAGGAAGAGGAGGCCACAGAGAAAGAAGUAGAAGAAGGCUUGAUGCUGCAGGACUUGAUUUCAGCACAGCUUAUUUCAGACUACACCAUUGUUGAGCUCCCAGGUUCUAUCAAUGACUUACAAGGCACCAGAAGGAUCUCUGCGGCUGUGAGCUGGCUGGUUUCUCAAUGCCCUGACUCCCUUGAGCUCUGCAGUCAGACCCUUCGGGAGUAUGUUGAGGAUGGGAUUGAUGGUGAAUUUGGCAAGCGCUUCUACCAUGACUGGAAGGAAAGGCGUUUAGCUGGCCUGCCAUCUCAGGAGCCUGGGGUCAUCACAGAGCUGUACAACAGCACACUGCAGUUUCUUUCUGAUGUGGCAUCCUCAGAGCACCUUUGUGACUUGUCUUGGCCUGUUACUGAGUUUUCAGAGCCUGGGGGUAACAAGCUGUUGCCCCACCUGCAGUGGAACAUGCCCAGUCACCUGGCCUGGCUGAAGAAGGCUGUGCUGUCCUUCCAGAUUCCAUACCUAGAUCAGCCUCCAUUAGGUGCUCCUUGGAGUCCUGUAUGCAGCAUGAUUUUUCAGUAUGUGUCUCAGAUUUCUAACUCUUCCCAUACUCAACCACUGAUCCAGUCUCAAGUGGAGAAUCUGCUGAGCAAAACUUACCAGAAGUGGAAAGACACUACAUCUGGUAACUCUGAUGCAGAUGGACCUUCUGUUGAUGAGAUCCCUUGGGAUGAUAUCUUGGCAGUCUGCAUUGAUCAUAAACUGAGAGACUGGAAACCACCCAAACUGCCUAUUGCUCCAGAAGCAGUAAGUGAAGAUGGUCAGAUUCGUGUGUACUACUUCAAGGAACAUUUAAAGAAUUUCACUGUCCCUUUUUCGUGGGAACAAGCCAGACUGCGCACGCAGGAGGAGAUCCGGCAAGGCCAUGAGAGGUCAAGGGUAAAAUCUCCCAACUCUUUUAAGAAACCCUACAGCAUCUCUGUGAUGCCACAUCAAUGUGGUUCUGGCACGAACAUGCUGUCAGAUCAAGAAAAAAGCAUUCCCAGUGCAGAUGAAGUCACAGACACAGCCUCAGCCCAGGAGCUUCUGCCAGAACGUUUGUUGGCACAGUUGCAACUGGAGAAAAUAGAAAGCAGGAGGUUUGAAGAACAGUUGCAACAAUGUCUAGCUGAGGACAUCGAGCCCCUUGGUGCUUUCAUAGGUCUUCCUCUCUACCUCCCCCAGUCUCUGGUCUCCACCCCAGCUGUUGACUGUCCAUUGAUGAAGAGUCCCGCAUCAUCCACUCAAGAGGCUGGGAGGCGAGAGGGAUGCGAGCUUUCGGUGGAGGAGCUGAGCCCCACACUGUCAGACAGACUGAAACACUUGCAACGGCUCCUCAGAGCGAACACGGAAGGUGAAGUUGCCUCCAAGCUCCACCUCUCUGCUCUGGUGGACAUGGUGGAUAUUUGAGCAGGGCUAUGUGUGUAGGCCAAGAGACUUGGUAAAGAAAUCCAGGGUUGGGUGAUCAAACAGAUAAGCUCCUGGGGCAUGUUCCAGAAAAAUCAGGUGUCCUCGUGGGAGAAGAAUGCAGAGCAGACAUGGGGCAUGUGCCCUUCUUGUGUGGCUGCCUUGCAUGGAGAUGGCGUGUCAUGGCUCACUAUGUCCCUUUUGCUCACUGCUGAGCUGUGGCUGGUCUGGGCCUCCUUUUCUGCUUCACAGAUGUAGAGACAGGACUUUCCAAGAAAAGGAUGUGACUUAAAUUUGACACUUUGGUGAUUUAUUUUUUUAAAUUUUCUUUCUACCAACUCUCAUUGUGGGUAAACAUCACCAGGAGAAAACUAUAAGGUAGUAGGGGCCCAUGGGAACAUCACAGCAAUUGCUCUCCAUAGUCAGUCUGCAAGGUGUUGUUCCAGCUCUGCAUGUGCUUGCUUCAUGCAGAAGCUACCUUGCAGCAGCACUGUGGUUUGAAGUUGCUGUUUUGCUGCCCAGGAAUGCCAAUACUGUCAUUCUUGAGUCAGUGCAAUACUUGGCCGUAUUUUGUACUUAACAAUGCCCAGUGAAAUCCAGAAGGACUUUUUGUGCUGCUGGUCCCAAGUUUUAUUUUAUUGAAUAUUUACUGCAUUAAAACCAGAUGAGUUGCUUAUUCUACAGAUUAAUUGUCAUGCUGGAAAGCAGGAUCCUUUCUUCAGUAAACAGCCAUGGAGAAGUAAUUUUUUUGGAAGAGCAGAUUACCUGCAUUCUCCAGUAUAUAAAAAGCUGUGGCUUUGGAAGUUGAAGACUUCUGGUUUUAGUUUAAUAUUGAUUCCCAAUAAAUAGUAGGAAGAUGUACUUCGUGUCUGCAGUUCUCAUGUACAAGUAAUCUUUUUUUUUUUUCUUUAUUUACAAUAUCAACAGGUUUUUCUCAGAAACUUCUGCCUGGUGAAAUAAAUAUUACUGCAACUUCUGGGGUAAAUGCUGCUUAUCUUGCCUACCAGAGCCUAGUUCUCUGACUUGCUUCUAAUUUAAUUUGAAAUUUUCAGUAGUCUAAAACUGUCAGCUACCUUCCAGAAAAGUAAUUUUGUAGUUGGGUGUGGUUUUUUUAUUUUUAAAUACCAUUUGUAUUAUUUCUCUUAAACCUAGAAUAGAAACAGUUGGUUAAUAUGGAGUUGAAAUAAGAAAUUUAAACUAAAGAAAUUAUGCCCUGAGGCUGUUCAUACUACUUGUGUUGGGCUGAGCCGUGCUAACCUUGGCUGGCUGCAUGCAAAGCGAAGCCUGCGUCCUGCUCUCUGGUGCGCUUUACCACAGUGCUGCCCUCAAUGUUUCCAGUUUACCUUGGAUUUCAGCUGUAAAAAUGCAAAAGGGUUGGGUGGUUCAUACGGUCUGAUGUAAACGUGUUUUGUACCAAAUAAAUUAGUAGUGGGUUAAA